AUGACCAGUCCCCCUGAAAAUCCUGACGUGACCAUGACCCCAGUUGAAGAAGAAGUUCCUCAACAAAACCAAAACCUUGAUUCUGAAUCUCAUUCCCAAUCUAAUACCCUAACCCUAGAACCCACUCAGGACCCAGAAAUCCAACAAAACCCUCUUCAAUUGGAUGCAAACAAACCCAAACCAGAGGAAUUUCCCGUCCGAUCUCCUCGUAGUACUACCAUAACCUUCUAUCGCCGAACAGGAACGAAGCGAAAGAAGUUGGGCCAGAAGCGAAGAGCUGCUGUUGCAGGAAAGAAGUCUGAGCAGAAGCUUCAGAUUCAGAAAGAAUCCCUAAACCCCAUUCCGUUCGUACCCGUCAAAAGUCUCGACUUUGAGAAACACGAGAAGCUCCUCAAAUGGCUGAACUUGUGGGAUUUCGUUCAUAUCGACUUCGAUCGGACUAUUCGAGUUGACCUUCUUGCCGAAUUGAUCUCUCACUUCAACCCUAACAUGCGGGGUAGCUAUGUCAAUGGGGUCAGGAUUAUGGUCAACCGGGCCGACUUGGCAAGGGCCUUGAAGCUGCCGGUGAAGAAGAGUGCAGUGGCGGAUGGUGCUGAGGAGCCUCCCGCUGCUUCCGAGGAAUCGAUAGCUUUCAUUGAAGAGUUUGUAUCGAAUUGGGUGCUUUUGCACGAGGAUACGUGGAUGAUGCCGAGCGAGGUUUUGAAUUGGACUAAAGCAAUCAAAGAAGGGCACUUUGGGAAGGUGGAUUGGGCUGGUUUGAUUUGGUUUAUGGUGGAGAAGGAGUUAGCUCAGGCGCCCAAAUUGGGGGAUUGUUACUAUGCAUCGCAUUUGCAGUGUUUGAUAAAAUCGCAACGUGAGGAGUUGUUAAUGGUGAAAGCACAAGAGCCUACGGUUCAUGUUGAUCUGGAUGUGGAUGUGGAUGUGGAUGCGGAUGCGAAGGAGGAAGAGGAGGAAGAUGAAGAGGAUGGUAAUGGGGAUGUGAAAAUGGGUGGGGAGAAUGAUGUUAAGGGAUUUGGAUUGGAAGAGAAAAACAUUGAAUUGUGUCUUGGGCAAGAGAAUGUGGAUAGAGCUGAUGUUGGGCAAGACAAUGUGGAGAGAGCUGAUGUUGGGCAAGACAAUUUGGAGAGAGCUGAUGUUGGGCCAGAUAAUGUGGAGAGAGAUGAUGUUGGGCAAGAAAAUCUCGAGUUUAGUGUUGAGAAGGUGCAUGUAGGGGUUGAGGAUGCAAUGAAUUUUGAAGAAUGUAAGGUGGAAGAGCAUGGACAAUGGCUUUUAGAUGGGAAGAGUAAUGUAAGCGAACCUUGUUUGCAGCGGUGUAAUAAUCUUGGUGAAGUUAAGAGUUUGGGUUUUGGGGAAGAGGGACAAAAAGGUAUGGAGGUUGGAGGAGUAGAGGAAGAAGGAAAUGAAGAGGAGGAAGAAGGUGAAGAGGAGGAGGAAGAGGGAGGUUUUCACCUUUCACUCAAGGGUAUGCCAUUAGAGGGGUUGCCUUCAGGUAGUCUUAUUCAGGCAAUGGAAGCUGCACAAAUUCCUCUUAGUUCUGGUAUGCCAAUGCGAGAUCAUUUCUCUGGGGAGUUUGUUUCUUCAAGGGAUGAUAGCCGAAUGCUUCCUGGUAGUUCCUCACUCUUUGGAAGUGGUCUCAAGAGAGAGCUUAUGCACGAGAAUGCCAACUCUCAUCACCCUCUCAAUGGUAAUAAGCGGUUGAGGAUUGAUGGCCCCUGGGAUGGUAAGCUUUCUGGUGAAUUUGAGACUUGUAUGGAGCAAAUGCAGCACUGGAUGGAAAAAGCUAGAAUGGUGUAUGUGGAGAAAGAGCAAACUUGCGAGGAAUCUACUGUUCACCGGCAGAUGUUAAUGGAUGGAUUGCAGCAAAGGGAUGAGAUGAUUGAUCACUUGCAUAAGGUCAAGGCUGAAGAGCAGCAUAAGAGAGAAGUCGAGGUGUAUCGUCUUGAGCGUGAGCUCUAUGUAAUGGGAAGUCUCUUGGAUGGCUAUAGGAAGGCUUUAAAGGAAACACAAAAGGCAUUUGCUGAAUAUAGAGCACGUUGUCCACAGGCAGAUGAGCCACUCUACAGGGAUGUUCCUGGGUCUGGGGGCCUUGUUUUGAGCACUAUGGAAUUGGAAAAGCAACGCCUGAAGAAAGAAGAAGAAGAGAGGAUGAACCGUCAGUUGAUUGAAAAAAAGAUUAGAGACUUUGAAGCUGGGUGGAUUAGCAACUUUGAAGCACACCACAAAAAUGUUGAAUUAUUGAGUAACAGGUUGCCGGAUGUAGAGAAUGAAGUGAAACUUCUUCAAGAACGGCUUGCAAAACAGAGGACUGCAAAAAGUGUUGAGUUCUGCAAACACAUGCCACAAGCCUGGUGCAAGUUCGGACAGGAUGGGGAGGAGGCGAUAUACGUGUGGAAGAUCUGUGCACUGUUUGUAGUUGACUCUAACGGCAUGGUCUUAGUAAUGGCCUUUAAACUCAAGUAUGAAGCCAUUGAAGCGGAUCUAUCUGGUCUGCUGGAACUUGUAAUUAUACCUACUGAUCAUACUUGUGCCUUAAGUUAG